AGUGCAUUAUUAACACCUCCCACGAUAAUGAUGAUAUUUUGCAAGUCAUUGCUUGGUUAGCAAAUAAUAAAUAGUAAUUUUCUUGUGAUAAGGAGCAGUUGAUAAUUCGGCAGAGCUUACAUACCUACGGGCUAAAAUACAAAUAAAGUUCUCAGUUCAACUAAGAUACGUCUGCCGUACGUACAUCGCGAAAAUCCUUCUGAAUUAUUUGAAACCAAAAAAAAAAUGUCUCAUUCUCUGGUAGAAAUUCCGUUCACGCACUGGAUCGAGUUGCGUGAAUUGUACGUCGGACAGAAAAAGCUGUCAUGCGGUUAUAACACAAUUCAAUGUUUUAUCGAGUGGAAGGCGCAAAAUAAGGAAGUUGAUAUUAAUAUAUUUUCAUUAGACGGUGAUUGGCAAAGGGAUGGCACUUUUGUGGGUCUGAUUUACGCACCGCUCAAUUAUGUGUUUAUCAAUACCCUAAGUGCAGAUCAGCAACGUUUACUAACGGCACUUAAUACAUUAAAAUUCGAUAAACCUUAUAUGAUACUAGCUUACCAGGAACGCUUGAUGCCCACUGUGGAACAACAUUUCCUCGAUUCCGGUUUUAGGAGGGAGGACUUCAAGCCACAUGGCGUAGCGUGGCAUAAUAUCGAGCAGGAGAAGGCACUUCAAUUCCUAGCGGAUGCGCCAGCGGAUUUUACUUUACGACGUCUAGAGAGGAAGCACGCUGGAUUGGUUGAUUCCCUUUGGCCACAUCGCGAACCGGGCUCGGUAGCUUUCGUGGAACUCUUAAUCACCUAUAAUGAAAGCGUGGGCAUUUUCGAUAGCGCCGGAAAUUUAGUUGCAUGGUGUUUAAUAUUACCCAUGGGUGCUUUGGGUCUCCUGCAAGUGUUGGAUACACACAAAAGACUGGGUCUUGGUAAUCUAGCUGUACGCUAUUUGUCCAAAUUGAUUGCAGCUAAAGGUUUUGAAGUAACAGCACCAGUAGUUUUCCAAAAUGUGGCAUCACGUUCGCUCUUCGCUAAGUUGGGAUUCAAACCAAUUGGCAAUGCAUAUUUUGUAGUGGUGCCAGAGCGCAGCUAAUUUUGAGGUGUUACCAAUAAGUGAUAUAAGGCCAAGUAAAUAAUUCGUUAGGGAGCAGAUUUUUAUGAAUUAAGAAUUAAUGUUGAAACUAUUUUGUCUUUUCAUACUACACAAUAAAUUAAAUUAGGUUUUAUGGUUUUAUUUAACAAAAAAA